CAAGCGUUUGUUGUCAAAAUAGUUUCACGCCAGCUAGUUUUGAAACUUAGCAGCAAAAAAAAAAAAGAAAAAAGAUCAAAACAUUUCCUAAUAAGGUCGAUGGUAACGCAAACACCAAAUCGUGCAUAUUUCUGUCGUGGGGCAAAAUAUCCCAGAAAUGCUUUUUUUUUUUUCUUGGGCUGUACGGUCUUAGAGUGAAGCGCAAUUUAUGACCAGAGAAGCAGUUGCAGUAGCUGAAAAACUCAGGAUUUUUGCAGAACAGCGUGUGCACUCUCAGUUUGGACUAGUUUGACACACUGAGGACAACAGCUGGUUUAACCUCCUCAAAGCAUCAAGCUUUCUGAACACUAAACAGAAACAUUCUCUGCUGUUUCACUGCAUUGUGAGACCUCAAAGGGGACCUAGUGGAAAAGGGAACCAUGGGGGAUGUUCAACUUGUAACUUCAACUCGAAUCUCAAAGACCACCGUUACCCUGGGGAGACCAUCUCCAAGCAGCAGUGCUCUCCCAACUGAGCCUCCAGCCUUCACCCUUCCUCCGAGGAACGCCCGCAUUGCCCUUGGAGGGACAGCCAGGCUUGAUGGAAAGGUCCGGGGGUAUCCAGAACCUCAGAUUACAUGGUACAAGAAUGGUAAGCCAGUCACUGCAGGAGACCGCAAUGGGAUUGAACAAAGUGCCCGAGGAACUUUCAGUCUGGUAAUCAAAGAUGUUCAAGAAGAGGAUGGUGGAAAAUAUACCUGCGAGGCUGUUAAUGAUGGGGGUGCUCGGCAAGUGACUGUUGAGCUGACAGUAGAAGCAGGUAAUACAAGGCAGAAAUAUAAUUUGCCGUCCACCAGCAAAUCAUCAGGUGGUAGAUUUGGUGUCCCGUCAGUUGACAGCAGGCCAAGCAUCUGGGGAGAGAGUCCACCAAAGUUUGUAACGAAACCAUCGCGGCUUAUUCUCAAGGAUGGUCAGAGUGGCAAAUUCUCAGCUAAGAUUACAGGGCGGCCCCAGCCUCAAGUGAUCUGGCUCAAGGAUGAUGCUGAAUUGAAGCAAAGUGAUCAUUUCAAUCUGUUCGAGAAAUCAGGAAUUCACUUUUUAGAAAUCCGAGAUGCACAACCAGAGGAUUCUGGAAUGUAUACGUGUUCCGUGGUGAAUAGUGCUGGAAAAGCUUCAGCAUCGGCUGAGCUCACUGUUCAGGGUUCAGAUACAAAAUCAGGCAUCAUUUCAGUAAAGCCAUCUGCCACAGUCAUAAAAACUGAGGAAACAUCUGAAUCCCAGCACACAACAGCAAAUGGCAUAAUAAAGCAACAGAAGUCCACUACAACAGCAGUGAAGACUGAACCCAAAGAGACUCUGACCACAAUGAGAGCUAUCAGCAGGGAGUCCAAUGUGCUGACACAAAGGAAAGCAGAGCCAGUGAAAAAAGCCUCUGUGGCAGAAUCCAAUAAGUCAUUGGUUGACCCAAAGGCAGAGGUGAGAAGAUCUGAGGUUCAGCAGAAGACAGCGAGCACCAUUACACUUCAAUCAGUAAAAGUUAAUCAGAAAACAAAGGCAGAUGUAAAACCAGCCCCCGAUCCAAGGGUUGAGGCUGCCAAGAAGGUGACGCAGCAGGUGACAGUAGAAAGCAGAAUAACUUUCCAGGCAAUCCAAGGUGUGACCGAGGAACCUGGGAAGCUGCGAGAAACCAGCAAAAUAACAGCAGAGCAGAAAUGGGAAACCAAAGGGUCUCCUCCAAAGUUUGAGAUUCAACCACAAAGCCUGGAUGCCCUGGAAGGUCAAGAGGUCACAUUUAAAAGUAAAGUUUCAGGAAGUCCACAACCUGAUGUCAAGUGGAUUAGAGAUGGCAUUCCCCUGAGGGGUAAAGCAGGGCUAAAGAUAUACGAAGAAGGCGGAAUGUAUUGUCUUUCCCUAGCCAAAGUCCAGAAAGUUGAUCGUGGGCAAUAUAGCUGCACAGCAAUAAACAACAGAGGACAGGCCUCUUGUACUUGGACACUGAAUGUGAAAAGCCCAAAAGUGGAGGGAAAGGCCCCGUUUGUCACCACUCCUUUGAAGGGGUGCACAGUGAGUGAAGGACAAGAUUUUGUGUUGCAGUGCUUUGUUGAGGCCAACCCCCCGCCUCAGAUUACCUGGUUAUUAAAUGAUAACACUAUCCAGUACGCACAUGCAACUUUUGAAAAUGGAGUGGCCAAACUGAUAGUUCAGGAUGCAUUACCUGAGGAUGAUGGUUUAUAUACCUGUAUGGCGGAGAACAGCUGUGGAAGAGCAACUUGCAGUGCCAAAGUAGUCAUAAAAGAAAAGAAGGCAGCUAAAAGGGAUGAAGCGAGCAAGACUUUCCCUCCUGUGUUCUUGAAAGCUCUGACUGAUAUGAGAGUCAUGGAUGGAAGUCAAGUCCGAAUGACUGUUGAACUGACAGGUAAUCCACAACCUGAAAUUGUUUGGCUUCAUAAUGGAAAAGAAAUACAGGAGUCAGAAGACUUUCAUUUUGAAAAGAAAGGGAAUGAAUACAUUCUAUACAUUCAAGAGGUCUUCCCAGAAGAUACUGGGAAAUACACAUGUGCAGUUUGGAAUGAGCUUGGAGAGACGCGGUCUGAGGCAACAUUAACUGUGCAAGAGCCUCAGGACGGUGUUCAGCCCUGGUUUAUUAGCAAGCCGAAGUCUGUAACAGCAAGGCUUGGCCAGCACACUCUGCUCUCCUGCGCUAUCGCUGGGGAUCCCUUCCCAGAUUUCCAGUGGCUUAAAGAUGGACAGGAGAUAGUUUUGGAAGAAGACUGUGAAAUCCUUCAAAAUGAAGACCUGGUUACGCUGUUAUUCAGGAGUGUUCAACCUCACCAUGCAGGAGAAUAUGAAAUAAAACUGAAAAACCCCGUUGGGGACUGCAGCUGCCUUGUGUCUCUGUUGGUCAGAGAAGGUUUGCUGUCCAGUGAGGAGACUCACCAAACAGAUCCAGAGAAAGAGGCUGACCCUUUCGGAGAAGAAGGAGAAGGUGAAGUCACUCAUGGAACUGUAAGGCUUGGUAGAUCUGGUACUGCCAGAAAGAGCCCUAGAGAUCUCAAAGACACAGGAUAUGAGGCAGAUAUCCGAGGGCUGCUGAAAAGGAGAGUGGAAACCAAGGAACACUGUGAGGAUAAGAUCAGGCAGCAAGAGGCUGAGCAAGUUGAUUUCCGUACUGUUUUGGGAAAGAAAGUCACAACCAAAAGCAUUUCUGAGGAGGACUUAAAGGAAUUAUCAGCUGAGCAAAUGGACUUCAGGGCUAACCUACAGCGACAGGUCAAACCCAAGACCUUGUCUGAAGACGACAGGAAAGUCCACAACUCACAGCAGGUUGACUUUAGGGCAGUACUGGGUAAAAAAUCAAUUCCAAAGGUUUCAACUCCGGAAAAAAGUCAAGCUAAGAAUGCAGCACCGGAUUUUAGAUCUGUGCUGGGAUCAAAAAAGAAACCGCCUAUUGAGAAUAACAACAACAACAACAAUAAUGACGACAGUCCAGGUAAAAAAGAGGUCCAGAACUCCCAGCCUGACAACAAGGAGCAGAAGAACGAUGUGAACUGUGAACAUGGAUGCCCUGUGGUAGAUGGUGGGAUUAUUGGAAAGAAAUCUAACAAUAUAGGGAAGGAACCUGUGUUUACAGAGCAGUUAGGUGACACUUAUGUAACUGAUGGGGAAUGUUUGCGUCUACAAUGCCAGGUUGCUUCAGACCCACCUCCGGUUGUUACCUGGAGUUUAGAUGGAAAAGUCAUCAAAUCAUCCAAGUUCAUUGUCCUGGCCCAGGAAGGAGGUGUUUGCUCCCUCACAAUCGACAAGGCCCUGCCUGAAGAUGAAGGCCAAUACAAGUGCAUAGCUGAAAAUUCUGCUGGGAGAGCCGAGUGCUGUUGCUUGGUCCAUGUAAAUGAUCCUUCUGAUGCAAAUCCUUCUAAAUUAUCUGAUAAGAAGGCCAAAAAACCCAAAAGCACGCCUUCAACUCCAACUACAGAAAAGGAAGCUACAAUAAAGAAGAAACCAGCUCCAAAGACACCUCCUAAAUUAGCUAUCCCUCCUCAGAUACUUCAGUUCCCUGAUGAUAUGAAAGUUCGUGCUGGGGAACCUGUAGAUUUGUUCUGUAAGUUUGGGGGAACGCAGCCCAUCACCUGCACUUGGCUAAAAUUUAAAAAACAGAUUGAAGAGAAAGGACCCAUAAAAAUAGAAAACACAGAGACCACCAGCAAACUAACCAUCUCUCCAACGAAACCCGAACACUGUGGAUUUUAUAUAUUACAGUUAGAAAAUAAGCAUGGCAGCCGACAAGCUCAGAUCAACAUCACAAUUGUUGAUAAACCUGAACCUCCAGCUGGAGUCCCAUGUGCAUCAGAUAUCCGAAGCUCUGCCCUAACCUUAUCAUGGUAUGGUCCCACAUACGAUGGUGGAAGCGCAGUGCAGUCAUAUACCUUGGAGAUCUGGAACUCCGUGGACAAACAAUGGACAGACCUGGCCACUUGCUGUAGCACAUCUUACAAUAUCCAGGACCUUCUGCCUGAUAGGGAGUACAAAUUCAGACUACGAGCUGCUAAUGUAUAUGGAGUCAGUGAGCCAAGCCAAGAGUCUGACUUGGUUAAAGUGGGGGAAAAGCCAGCAGAAACUAAAGGAGAAGAAGCAGAACUUUCUGAUGAUGAUGCUGACAAAGAUCCUGAGCCAGAAUAUCGAAAUGUUACUAUUAAUACAAAUCAAAAGGUCAAUGAACUUUAUAACAUUGAAGAAAGACUCGGCACGGGAAAAUUCGGACAAGUAUUCAAACUGUCUGAUAAGAAAACUGGAAAAAUUUGGGCAGGAAAAUUUAUAAGAGCAUAUUCAGCUAAAGAUAAAGAAAGUGUGAGACAAGAAAUACAAAUCAUGAACGACCUGCAUCACCCAAAACUUGUACAGUGCAUAGAUGCCUUUGAAAGUAAAGCUGACAUUGUCAUGGUUAUGGAAAUUAUUUCUGGAGGAGAGCUCUUCGAAAGAAUCAUUGACGAAGACUUUGAGUUAACGGAAAGAGAAGUUAUCAAGUACAUGCAGCAGAUUACCGAUGGGGUUCAGUUCAUCCAUCAGCAGGGGAUCGUGCAUCUGGACCUGAAGCCAGAGAACAUCAUGUGCGUCAACAAGACAGGAUCAAGAAUCAAGCUCAUUGAUUUUGGACUUGCCAGACGAUUAGAAAACUCGUCGUCACUCAAAGUUCUUUUUGGAACACCAGAAUUUGUGGCUCCAGAAGUUAUAAACUAUGAGGCAAUUGGAUAUGUAACAGAUAUGUGGAGCAUAGGAGUCAUUUGCUAUAUCUUGGUCAGUGGACUUUCUCCUUUUAUGGGAGAUAAUGACAAUGAAACCUUGUCCAAUGUUACAUCAGCUACUUGGGACUUUGAUGAUGAUGCUUUCGAUGAGAUCUCAGAAGAAGCCAAAAAUUUUAUUAGCAGCCUAUUAAAGAAAGACAUGAAGCGUCGUUUGACCUGCAGCCAAUGCAUUCAACACCCGUGGCUGCAGAAAGACACAAAGAACAUGGAAGCCAAAAAACUUUCGAAGGAGAGGAUGAAAAAAUAUAUCCUCAGAAGAAAAUGGCAGAAAACCGGUCAUGCAGUAAGAGCGAUUGGAAGACUCUCAUCUAUGGCAAUGAUUUCAGGCCUCAGCGGGAAAAAAGGAGGCUCUCCUAUCAGUCCCCCAAUCUCAGACAAGCUUGUAACAGAAGAUGAUUUUUCCAAGCAGUUUCUUGAAGACCUUGAUGAAGAAAGAACUAAUGCCAAGCCGUACUUCAGCACAGUCAUUAAAGAUGUGGAAGUGGUGGAAGGGAGUGCGGCGAGAUUUGAUUGCAAAAUCGAGGGUUUCCCUGAUCCUGAAGUGGUGUGGUAUAAAGAUGAACAGCCUAUCAAAGAAACUCGCCAUUUCCAGAUCGACUAUGAUGAGGAAGGAAACUGCUGUUUGGUCAUCUCGGAUGUUUCUGGUGUCGAUGAUGCCAAAUACACUUGCAAAGCUGUGAACAGCCUGGGGGAAGCAACCUGCACUGCUGAGCUCAUAGUAGAGGUCAUGGGAAAGGAGGAGGAGGAGGAGGAGGAGGAGGAGGAGGAGGAGGAGGAGGAAGAAGAGGAGGAGGAGGAGGAAGAAGAAUAAGACAGGACUGUAGCACUAGCACCAAAUUUACUUUCAUAAGACACUCACUUUUUUACAAACUGGCUGACUGUUUCAUGGACUAAAUGCACUAAGAACACCCUAUGCUAUUUUUGGACACUUUCUUAUGAAAUGGUAAUAACAGACAUUAAUUAGGAACCUGGUUUUCCACAGUGGGCAAAAUGCCCAUUUAAUCUUGAGUGGGAAUUUACCUGCAAUUUAUCCAUAGUAGAAAAUAUAGGCCCAGAUGUUAAUAUGAAAAUGGUGAUGUCUUUAACAUCCCAGGUAUUGUUUGAUUCCUUAAUAUAGUUACAUCUAUUUGGAAUACACUGGUGUUAGGCAACCAGACUGAAUGAAAAGUAUUUUAUAAAAACAGGAAAACUGUAAAACUAAAGAUUAUUAUUAUUAUUAUUAUUAUUAUUAUUAUUAUUAUUAUUAUUAUUAGAUCGUUUUUAAUCUCAACAUUAUGAUGUUUGGUAUUACCAGAACUUUUAUUUGCAUUUCUUUUUUAAUGUUGUAGUCCACACAUACUAUACUUUGUGCAUCAGUUGUGAAAUAUGCAAUCAUGCAAUUCAUUUUUCAAAAAGUUUUGCCUUUUAAAUGGCAAAAUAUUAUUAAAGGUAUUGAAGUAUGAAACUAAUUAUACUAUUAUAGAUGUAUGUAGACCAUAUUGUUUUGUUUUUGAGUAUGACGAAAUUUAUCAGUUUGAUAGACUGCAGAUUUCAGUAGUAAUGAGAGCACCACAGAUGUUAUCAUUCACUGUUAUUAUAUCACAAAGCAUGUUGUUUGCACAGUGAAUUGCAGAAUAUUUUAUUAUAUGUGUAGCGGGGACAAGGACUUGGACCUUUGGAAUCACUUAGAAUUCAAAGCAAACAUGGCUUUUUAAAUAUAAAACAAAAAUAUACAGUACAGUAUCCCUGCCACAGCUGAAAAAAGGAUUACAGAACUUGUAAAACUUGCACUUUGUCUGAAUUUUGUUUUGUGAACAGCAAAAAAAUAAAAAUAAAAUAGGGACUUUUCAAAGAGUGCAUAUUUACUUAUUCAGCUUUCAGAACUGCCUUGUUCAUUGCCCUUAUCAGAGAUACAGUGGAAAGUGUACUUACUACAGCAGAGUAUACACAAGGGCAAAAAAGUUGUUUAUUUUCCGCAAUUGCCUGUCCAUAUACUGUGCUUUAGUACACUUUGCUUUGCUUUUACUACUGUGCACAUCAGCUUACUAAACUAUACAAUUAACCUUUAAAAGGCUCUAAUGAAUAUACGUAUUACAUUACAUUUUUGGUUUUAGCCCUUCUAGAUACAAAUUAAUAACUUCACUUUACUUCUUGAAGUGUAAAACUGUUAGUUGUAGGAUAACUUUGUAUUCAACUGUUCUGCAUGUAACCAGUGUCUUUUAUUUAUAUGCUGUUUUUUUGCUGUUAAAUGUGUGAUUUGUCUGCAAAUGGGCAUUUAUGAAAACCAUGUUAAUUUGGAGCAAUGGAAGAUUAAACUGGUUUGGUGUAUUUUUUCACAUGACAAAUUAAAAAAUUAACCCUU